AAAACAUCAAGGAACUCAACAUGGAUCGUUGCAUACGUAUAUUCCCGCAUCUCCAAAAUACCGGUGGUUUCUUUGUCGCGUGUCUGAGAAAGGUCAAGCCACUCAGCAAAACGGAUGCUCCCCAGACUGAGGCCGAGGAGAAAGCGUUGCAGAGGAAUGCGGAGGAAAGCUCAGUGGAAAAGCCCAGCCAUGACAAACUAUCUAAGUUCCAGAAGGAUGCAUAUCCCAACGAUCCCUACUACCAAAUAGCCGAAGACUCGCCUGCCCUGAAGUCCAUCCGAACGUUCUACGCACUCGAUGAGAGCUUCCCACAGGAGAAUCUGUUCUAUCGCAAGAACGAUUUCGACUCGGCAAACACCACCAACGCACGCUACUAUCACCUGGCGACUAAUAAGCUGAGAGAGACAUUGGUGGCCAACCCGAACUUGAGGAUAGUGAGCGCAGGUCUUAAGAUGCUCGAGCGGUCUCGGCACAACAAGUCGUUAGCCACCAACGACAUCCACGGCUACCGUGUUGUGCAGUGUGGCACAGACAUCUUCGCUCCGUUUGUCAACAAACGUCUGCUGCACUUUGGGUUCGAGAAUACCAAACGGUUGCUAUCGCGACGGGUUACCAUGGUUCACGAGUUUACGGAGGAUGUGAAGCGGCAGCACAAAGAGAACGGAGAGGUGGGGCCUUGUAUGGUUGUCUUCAACCCAAAGGCGAACGAGGAAAACGCCGCCAACUCUAAGACGUCGUCUGUACUGCUGAUGUCCUGUUUCCUGUCGCCUACCAACUGCACUAUCAUGGUCAACAAAUACGACGCUCACCAGAUGCUACUGCUCUUAGUAGGCCCUGACGAGGCUAACAAGUUGGAAG